AUGGCAAGUUACAAUCUUUUGAAUGAGUUCCGUCUGGCUGAGUCUAGAGGCGUAAGGCUGGUGGAAGGAUCAGAACCAGAUUCGGUAGCAUACCGAGUCAAUCCCUCCCUUCACCUCAGGAAGAGCUUGAGUGAUGUUUACCCAGAAGGUCUACCAACUGACUUCUCAGUCAUUGCCACCUUCAAGAUAACCUUGGCUGCAGCUAAGACCUCCUGGAACCUCUGGCAGGUCAGUGACACGGAAGGUCGGGAUCUGGUAGGACUGCGAUUUCAUGGUGAUGCCAGAACGCUGGACUUCUUUUAUGUGAGCCCUAGCAAAUCACAAAUGCUGCGCACCUUCCAUGGGGUGGAAAAACUGUUCGAUGGAGAGUGGCACAAACUGGCUCUUAGUGUGAAGGGAGAUCGGGCAAAGCUGUUGGUCGACUGUGAGGAGGUGAGCACUGAGCCACUGGAUGAGCCCAGGCCAAUCAUCCGUCAUGGCUACACCUCUAUUGCCAAGAGAGCGGCUGGUGAUCGUUCUGUCUCUGUGGACCUGCAGAAGAUGCAUGUUUCCUGUGAUGCUGACCAGGCCUAUUCUGAAGGCUGCUGCGAGCUUUCCAGUGUGUGUGGGGGAUAUGCAGAGAGAGGACUCAGAGCUGGAAGAGGCACAGCCAAAUGUAAAUGUGUUCAUGGACAACCAGGUCCUCAGGGAAGUCCUGGACCUAAGGGUCAUACAGGUCUGCCAGGAAACCCAGGGGAACCAGGCAGAGUUGGAAAUUGGGGGCCACGUGGAGAAACUGGAGAAUAUGGAAAUAUAGGCGAACCUGGUCCUAAGGGCUACACUGGGAUCAAAGGAGAGAAGGGAAUGAGAGGACUGUUUGGGCCAGAGGGAGAUAGAGGACCUAAAGGGCUGAAAGGUCUACCUGGUGCAGCAGGCUAUAAGGGAGUACGAGGGUCUCCUGGAGAGAGAGGUGAGACUGGGCAACCAGGAGAGAGUGGAUCUCCGGGAGAUCGGGGAUAUGAGGGAAUUCCCGGAUAUCAGGGAGUAAAGGGAGAAGAGGGUCCUUCUGGACAGGACGGACCUCCCGGACGAAUGGGCCUGCAGGGUAUUGUGGGAGAUUCUGGUGAGAGAGGAACAACUGGAGAAAAAGGAAAGCCUGGUAUUCAAGGUCCAAAGGGAAGAGUCGGAGGCAUGGGAGAAACGGGCAUUGUUGGUGAUCCAGGCUUGCCUGGGAGGGAUGGAGACCCUGGCAUCGAGGCUUAUCAAGGUCUCCAGGGGCCUGAGGGUAGAAUUGGAAAAGCUGGCGAAAGGGGUGAAAAUGGUGAUCAGGGGCUUCCAGGGGAAAUGGGUCCUCAAGGACGCACCGGCCUGCAGGGUUAUAAGGGCUCUGCUGGUAAGCCAGGAAGACCUGGAUUUAUUGGUCCCCCAGGAAGAACAGGACAUAUAGGAUUACCUGGAAGACCAGGCUUAAAGGGAGACAUUGGCAUUCCUGAAAUUCAAGGAGUAAAAGGCCAAAAGGGAGCGACAGGAGUAAAAGGUCCCAAAGGAAGUGUUGGAGAAAGAGGUGAACUAGGGCCACAGGGAGGCCAGGGGAAGCGAGGCCCAGUUGGAGAAUCUGGUCACAAAGGCAGUGUUGGGACCCAAGGUGUCACUGGAGAUCAAGGGCCAGAUGGUUUUCAAGGACCUCCAGGGCCACCAGGCCCGACACUAUCUGCCCAACAUGUUAUUGAGGUCUGCAAGCGAGUUGUGCUGGAGCAGAUGUCUACCUUUGCCAACUCUGUGAAACGGACAUGUGCUGCCGUGUGUCCACUCUAUGGCGAGGUGCCAAUGGGUGCCCCUGGUCCCCCAGGAAAAAAAGGACCACAUGGACCACCUGGAAAUCCUGGAACUGAUGGUGUUGAUGGAGAAGUGGGGCAACAAGGAUUCUAUGGAGAGCCUGGUGAUCUAGGAAAACAAGGAAAACGAGGUGAUUCAGGAGAGAAUGGAGACAAGGGUCCUAAAGGGUAUGGAUUACCUGGUCAUACUGGAGACCAGGGACAAAAGGGUCAGCGUGGACGACCUGGCAGAGCAUAUGAUGGGCGUCCAGGUCAGAUGGGUGAGAGAGGCCAUAUUGGCAGGCCUGGUUUAAGAGGCCAUCCUGGACUACAUGGUGUUCCUGGGGUUUGCCUUACUUCAGGGUGUGCUUUGGUCAAUAGAACUGCCAAUGGAGUCCUUCCACAGGAAUCCCAGCGACCACAGAGGUUAAGGACACGACCAUGAUGCAAGUCAGCAAACUAAAAGAAAAGAAAUAAAA